GUCCUACCACACCUCCUGCAGCGUCUGACUGCUACGGCCCGGUUUUGGAUAGCACGAUUGACUAUACUAGCACACAGGGAAUAGUCAAUUUGGUAUUCGCAUGUGAACGACGGUUCGCGGGGACCACUAGCGCCGUAGGGCUGAUAUUAGCGAGCGCUCGCACAUCUCGCCGUAUUGAUUUCGCGGCGACGACGACAUCAUCAACACAACAUAAAAAUACUUUCUAAACCUCAAUCCAACGCAAUGGCCGACCAGAAAGCAUCCAAGUACUACGCUGCCGAGGAGGAGGCGCAAAUGAAGAAGGCGCGCAAGACGGCACACCCCACCAAAUACCGCGAGUCGCUCACCCCCGGCACCGUCCUCAUCCUCCUCUCUGGUCGAUUCCGUGGCAAGCGCGUCGUGCUUCUGCGCCAGCUCGAACAGGGCGUUCUCCUCAUCACCGGCCCCUUCAAGUCUAACGGUGUACCUCUCCGUCGCGUCAACCACCGCUACGUCAUCGCUACUUCCACCGUUGUCGACAUUGCUGGUCUCGACGAGGAGGUUGUCGCACGCGUAAGCAAAGACGAGUACUGGGCACGUGAGAAGAAGGACGGCAAGGGCGAAGACGACUUCUUCAAGGACGGCGAGACACCCACAAAGAAGGAGACCGACCCCCAGCGGAUAGAAGACCAGAAGAAGGUGGACAAGGCGCUCAUGGCCAACAUCAAGAGGACUCCCGACCUCGAGUCUUACCUCGGCGCCAGCUUCAGCCUGAGGAGCAACGAGAAGCCCCACGAGAUGGUCUUCUAGGUGUCUACACGAGAACGGGACGAGAACGAGACGAAAACUUGCGGCAACGAUCUGACCGAGAACGACGGUUCGGACGAGGAUGAGCACCCGGACGCUACGAGCGAUACGGUACGAUUUCAUAUGUAGAUGAGAUACCCAUGAACCAAUUCACAGCACCAACUCUAUCCUGCUCGCAUCUGCUAUACGAACACCUGCAAUAUUCAUGGCCAAUUCUUUGUUGUUAUUUCCUUGCAUGAAUAUCGCGAUCGGUAUGGAUUGUCGAUUUGCUGGCAUGUGCUUCGAUACUGACUUCCUAAAGGACUUUGUGAGAAACCGUGGCGUAAGCAAAUUUUGAGUCGUUGAGCAUUUUUUUGUGUGCUUGAGUACUGGCACACUAUCGAAAUCGAUGUUCUUGUCUCGCGGUAGCACCUACCCUGUAGAAAGACACGAUGGCGUCAUGCUAGAACGUGUACAUGGUCGAAAUUUCCCUC